AUGGACAGGGUGGUGCGCUCCGUGGCCCUACGCAGCGUGUCCUGGACGCUGCUCUCCUGCCUGAUGCUCCUGGCUCAGGUCCAAGGUGCAGCCGUGCAGCAGGCACAAGAUUCUCCAUGGAGCGGCUGUCCUAGUGGCUCUGUGUACUAUUCCUCCUACUGCUAUACCUUUUUUCCACGAGGCAAAACCUGGAUGGAUGCAUAUUUUGACUGCAGCAGAAGACCCGCUGGGCACCUUGUGACUGUCCACUCCGGACAUGAGGGUUCACUUGUGUCCUUCCUGAUCAAGAGCACUACAAAUAGCUACAGUCAUGUCUGGAUUGGACUCCAUGACCCCACAGAGGGUACUCGGCCUAAUGGGGGAGGCUGGCAAUGGAGCAACGGUGAUAUUCUGCGUUAUAGCUCCUGGGAGAGAUUUCCUCCCACCAGUUCAUCUAGCUACUGUGGGAGUGUGUCAAGAACCUCAGAUUUUAAGAAAUGGAGAGAUAUUAACUGUGAAACAGCCCUCCCCUAUGUCUGCAAGUUCAAGAACUAGGUUGGAAUC